AUGAGUUCGUUGAACUCUCGAUUCAAAGGCCUCGGAUUCGGUAAACGUAAAUCCACUGCCAGCAGUGUCGGUUCGCCUUCACUAGGGGACGUCCCGCCUUCGAGUGCAACCCCACCACCUCAGGCCCAAGGUCAAGGGCCUUCUCAAAUACCGCAACAGUUCCCCCGAACUGGUCCCGCCCCCUCCAUCGCUUCAUCGUCGUCACAACAAAGCCUCCCAACGAUGAACCAUCCCGGCGCUGGUCCCCGUCCACCCAGCUACACGGCAAAUUACAACACAGGCCCUCCUACGGUUGGGCGCAUGAGCCCGCAAACCGGCCUUGGCCCGACUCGCACUCCUCCGUCACAGAUGAUCGGCGGACCACCGCCUAUCAACACUGGCGCCCCCGCUGGAUAUCCUCCUCAGAUGCAGCAGAUGCAGCAAGGCGGCGGUCCCCCUCCAGGAAUGCAAGGUGGUCCUCCUGGAUACGCCGGCGCUACCGGCUACCCUCCGCCUGCUCCAUCCCAAAUUCCAGGCAACGUCAUGCAGCAAUUCGGUAGACCAGCUGCUGAAGUUGAGGGUAACAGUCGCAGCAAGGCUCAGUUGAUUGUCGGAAUUGACUUUGGUACGACGUUCUCUGGCGUCGCGUUCGCAUUCGCAACAAACAACGAGGCCAAGGAAGACAUUAUCACCGAAUGGCCGGGCGCUGGUUCAUACACAAAACAGAAGAUUCCAACUGUACUUUACUAUGACCAGUAUCAGAAAGUUGUCGGAUGGGGCCCGGAUAUUGCUGAUGCGCUUGCGCCCACAGGCUACCCCAAGCCGGGUGUUCAAAAGGUCGAGUGGUUCAAGCUCCAGCUUAUGUUGUCGGGGAACACCUACAUCGACCCAAUUAACCUGCCGCCUCUGCCCCCCGGCAAGUCCGAGAUUGAUGUCGCUGCCGAUUACCUUUUCAAGCUUCGGCAAGCCAUGAGAUCGGCGCUGCAGAAGACGCUGGGCGAGGUUUUUAACAGAGAGGAGCGCAAUAUCCGAUACUACCUGACGGUGCCAGCUAUUUGGAAUGACGCUGGCAAAGCCGCCACGAGAGCAGCUGCCAUCCAGGCUGGCUUCCUUCGAGAUGAGAACGAUAACCGAUUGACGCUCGUCAGUGAACCUGAAGCCGCGGCACUGUUCUGCUCCAAGACUGGCCUGCUUAAUCUCAAGGUGCACGACGCUGUUCUGAUCGUCGAUUGCGGCGGAGGCACGGUCGAUCUGAUUGCCUACGAAGUCGAGGACGAGAACCCCUUCACUGUAGCAGAGUGCACAGCAGGUUCGGGUGACUCGUGUGGCUCGACAGCACUCAACCGGAACUUCAGCAACAUCCUGCGAACCAAGAUCAGGAAGAUGAAGCUGCCCGACGGAUCCAAGACGGCUGGUCGAGUGUAUGCCAAGUGUAUCAUGGACUUCGAGAACAGAAUCAAGGCCGAUUUCCGGAACAACGGCCAAAAGUGGGCGGUUGAUGUUGGUAUCGAGGCCGAAUUCCCUGAAGCUGGCAUCGAGGAAGGCUACAUGACCUUCACUAACGAGGAAAUUCUCCAGUGCUUCGAGCCAGUGGUCAAUAGAAUUCUAGAACUUGUGCGGAACCAGAUCAUUGCCAUCCAAGCACAAAACCGGACGUUGCAGAACAUCCUGGUUGUCGGUGGAUUCGGAGCUUCGGAAUACUUGUUCCAGCAGAUCAAGCUACACGUUCCGCCUCAGUUCCAGUCCAAGGUCGUCCGCCCCAUGGACUCCGUCGCCGCUAUCGUCAAAGGCGCCGUCACUUCGGGCGUCACCGAGCAAGUCAUUACUCACCGUGUUGCUCGUCGCCAUUAUCUCAUGGCCACAUUGCAACCCUUCAAGGAGGGUUACCACCCGGAAGCCUACAGAGUUCCCUCUCUCGACGGCAAGGACCGGUGCAAGUUUACUCGGCAGAUUUUCGUGCAGAAAGGCCAGAAGGUCAAGAUUGGAGAGCCUGUCAAGGUAUCAUUCUUCAGACAAGUCGCCCCCGGUGCUACCCUCAUGUACGAGGACAUCUUGUAUGCCUGCGAUGACGACGUCUGUCCUGAGUACACCAAGGAUCCUCGCAUAAAGGAGGUUGUUACCCUUACAUCGGAUUUGUCCCGCAAGAACUUGGAGAAGGACUUCGAGCGCAUGGACACACCCCAGGGCACCUUCUACCGAGUCUAUUUCGACAUCUACCUUACCCUCGACGGCUCCGAAUUCAGCGCCGAGCUCGUCUGCCAAGGAGAGGUCAUGGGUCGCUGUAGAGCUCGGUUCAGAUGA